CGCAAAUGGGUUGUUUAAAAUUUGAAAUAUAAUCAGGUGGGGUAAAGUGGUUCUAUGUGUGUAAAAUAUUAUGAUAUGUAAUUUUAUUAUCGAAGUUGUUGUUAGUAACAUUAUAGACCUAUUAGUUUUAUCAGACCUAACUAUUUUCGUGUUAAUAAUUCUUUAGAACUAAACACUUAUGUUUGAAGUUUAUAUCUUUGAAAUUUAUAUUAGGAAACGUGUUUAUUUAUUUGUAUGAAACAAUAUAUUCACCUAGGUCAAAUAAAAUAUUAUAUAAGUAUAAUUUUUUUUGUGAUAUGUUAUGAAUAAUGCUAGUUUAUUUCUUUAAAAUUGAACAGAUUUUUCAUAAAUAUUGCUUUAGAAAAAACGCCAAGAUGUUACAAUAAAAAAAUAAAACCCAAGCUGAUAGUUUGGAAAAAGCAAUUAUGUUAGUAUGUGAAGAAAAAAAGACAAUUUAUCAUGCUGCUAAAAAAUGUUCUGUUCCUAAAGAAACAUCGAGGAGAAGAAUAAAACAAAAAGAAUUAAAUGCAAACAAACGUGAAGGUCGAAAAAGUGUGCUGAGUGAUAAUGGUGAAAUUAUGAUUGUAGCUGCAGCUCAGUAUUGUCAAAGAUAUGGUCUUCCAUUAGAUUCUUUUGACAUUUGUAAUUUAGUUACUCAAUUUUGCACUGCCAUGAGGAUAAAAACUCCUUUUAAAAAUGGAAUUCCUGGGAAAGAUUGAAUAAUUUCUUUUAGGAAGCGUCAUGUUGAUAAACUUUACGUAAACCUGAAAUACUUACAUUUUCAAGAGCUAAAAGUUUAACACGUAAAGUUAUAGAUAAUUUUUUUACUAUUUUAUCUGAUGUAAUCCAUAAUAAUAACAUUGUACCAAGUAGUAUAUACAACCUUGAUGAGACUGGGCUCUCCACAAACCACUUAACGAAGACAGUAUUUGUACAUCCAAAAAGCAAAGAUGCUUAUGAACUUGCUGCUUCUUCUGGUAAAGCUAUCUUUUCUGUGCUGUUCUGUGUGUCUGCAGAUGGAAGAUAUUUUCCACCAUUUGUUGUUUUUAAGGGAGAUGGCUAUCUGUAUUCUAAAUGGAUAGAAAAAGGACCACAAGGAUGUGCUUUUGGUGCAACAGCAAGUGGAUGGAUGCAAGACUUUCUAUUUGAAAACUGAGAUGCAAAAUGUUAUUCUCACCGAGCUUGCAGAAAUAAAAGUUUUUUUAAAAGAAGUUAUAGAAAUUAAGUAUCAGGCUACUGGGGUGAAGUUGCUAGAAUCAGUGGACGAAGUGGUUACACUGGAUAAUAAACUAAAAGAUAAAACCGAGUAUACUCAUUUGCUUGAUAGUUUGAAAAAGAUUGGUGGUGGAAAGCCAAGAGAACAUGUUUUUUUGAUCAUGAAAAGGUUAUUUUCGAAUCAGUUACAGUCCAAAUUUAAUCAAAAAGAAAAUGGGGAAAAGAUAAGCUUAGAAAAUCUAGUAAAUAUAUGUAGUGUUUUACGAGAUAUCGGCGACGUGGAAGAAAAUGUUGACGGCAAUGCAGAAAUAUAGUUUCUUACGUAUAUUUUUGUGAAAUAAAAAUUAAGUGAUGUUAG